AUGAAAAUCAAAGAGUUAUUAUAUAAUGAAUUAAUAAUAAUAAAGAUAACGGAAUUUUUAACCAUACUAGAAAUACAAAAUAUGAUUAUAUCCUUAAGAAUUAAUGUAAAGAGAAAUAUAUAUUUUAUGAGAGAAUGUUUAUCUUUAAUGAAUCUAGAUACAGAUGGAUAUAAUCAUAAUGUAAGUAAUAAAAAUACUCCAAAUAAAAAUAAAAAUAAAAAUACAUCGACCACAGAACCUUUAUUAUUAUCAUCGAGUGUUAAUCUUACUACAGAUAUUGAUGAUUAUGUACAUAAUGCAACUUCAUAUGUAGGUGAUCAACACUUUUUACAGCAAGAAGGUUUAAAUUUAAUUACGUAUGAUGAUGAGUAUGAUGAGUAUAUAUUUAACGAUUAUAAUGAAGGAGGAAAUAAUGUUGAUAAUGUGAAUAAUUUUGAUAAUGUGAAUAAUAUUGAUAAUGUGAAUAAUUUUGAUAAUGACAAUAAUAUGUAUAAUUAUAGUAACCAUGAUAUAUAUAAUAAUACUAGUUAUUAUAAUACACGGGCAGAUGAAAACUUUGACGAGAAUUUUAUGUAUAACACAAAAUAUUCUCAUUAUGAAGAUACAUUAAAUGAUAUGACACAUUUAAUGUCAACAUAUACAGAUAAUAAUAUAAACUAUUAUGAAACAAAUAAAACUAACUUUGGUGCUCUAUACGAAAUUAAAAAAUAUUUGAACUUCUUUGAACAAGAAAAAGAAGGACAUGUACAAAAAUGUUUUAAUAAUGUAUGGAUAUAUAUACAUUUGAAAAAUGAACUUAUAGAUAUAAAAAAAAAUUUAGAAACUUAUUUUAUGAGAAUUAAAAUGAACACCCAAGUUAAUAGAAAUAAAAGAAUACGUAUAGAUAUAUUUCAAUUAUUUAAAUAUAAUCAUACUUAUUACUCUUUUUAUGAUAUGCCAUGGGUCUCUAUUUAUUAUGAUUUUUUCUUAAAUUCCAUAUGUACACUUUGUAAUAUAAAAUUAGAUCAUAGAUCCAUCUGUCUUUUUUCAGAAAAAUUUAACCUAAUUCAAACAAAUGACAAGUUGCUAAAGUAUAUUAAUAGUAUGUCCGAUGAUAUAGUAAGUAAUAGGAAAAAUGAGAAAAAACGAGAUCAUCAAAAGGUUGAUAUGCUAUUUGGGGAGGAUGUUGAAAGGGAAAAAACAAAAAAAAAAACAGACAUGAUAAAUAAUGAUAAUAAAAAUGAUAGUAAUAAUUAUGAUAAUAAUAAUGAUAGUAAUAAUUAUGAUAAUAAUAAUGAUAGUAAUAAUUAUGAUAAUAAAAAUGAUAGUAAUAAUUAUGAUAAUAAUAAUGAUAGUAAUAAUUAUGAUAAUAAAAAUGAUAGUAAUAAUUAUGAUAAUAAAAAUGAUAGUAAUAAUUAUGAUAAUAUGUAUAACCUUCAUGAUGAUUAUAAUCAACAUCAAGAAACCCUUGCAGAAAUUAAACUGAAUAAAGAUAUAUUUAGUUGUAAAAAUAAAAUUAAUACAUAUGAUGAAGAAUUUAUUUUUAUAAGAAAGACUCAUAUUUUUUGUGAAGAAUGUACAAAAAUUAUUGAUUAUAAAAUGAACAUAAAUUCUUUACUAGAAUCAAUUAAGAAAGAUUAUGAACUUUUAAAAAAAAUUCGAAUAAUUUAUAAGAUGAUUGAUAUCCCCUCUGAUUUAUUUUGCUUUUGUAAUUAUUUCUUUUUUAAAGAAAAAUAUAUUACAUUCUUUAAAAAUGUUAGUAAUGAUUUACAAAAUCUAAGGAAAGCUUUAAAAAAGAAAUUAACAAAUAAUUUUAUACUCAAUUUCAGUAUUAAUUUUUAUAAAUUUGUUAUUAGUUCUUUAAUAUUAUGUGAUGAAAAAAAAUUAUUCAGUCAAGAAAAUAUUUUCUUAUUUGGAUUUUAUAUUAAAUAUAGAAAUAUUCUUAAAUUAUUUAGUAGUCCUAGAUGUACACAUAUCUAUUUCUCUUUUAAUAUUAUCUAUCAAAAAAUUGUAAAAUUUCAAAGCUUUUUUAAACAUAAACAUUUUUCAAAAUUAUCCAAAGUUUUACAUUUUGAUGUUAUUACAAUUCUUGAAAAAUUAAAACAUUCAAAAACCAAAAUGUUAUAUAAAAAUAUUGCAGUAUAUUUAUAUCAACAUUUAAACGAUAAAAUACUUAGAAAGUAUAAUUAUGACGAAGCCUAUGCCUAUUUUUUUCAGUGUCUUCAACGGUAUCACUUUUCAUAA